UAGAUGAGAAGCGCUGAGGUUGCUGGCCCUAAUGUAGCAAAGCACUUAAGCAGGUGUCAGGUUUUAAACAUGUGAGGUUUUUCAUUUUGUUUCCUAUCAACUUCCUUAAGUACUUUGCUGAAUUGGGAUCCUGGCAGGACUGAAACCCUGGAUAUCUCUGCACAUUAAGCAGUGUCAUCUGACUACUUUUAAAUUUCAUGGACUUAAACGUGCCUGUAAUUGUUACAAGAUGAGGUGACACCAGAAACAAAAUCUCCGUCUUCAACUGUUUUUAUUCUUCAAGAUCUGCUUCAUGAGAUCUAUUUUCAUUUGGAGAAAAAAAAUAUUUGAAAACUUGUUCACUGGAGUUGCAUGGCCUGUUGGUCGUCAACUGUCUUCAGAAGACAUCUGGAGUACUGCCGACAGAAUAAAGAGCUUCUAGGAAGAAGUUUGUGCUCAUCUACUGGAUUUUUUUAUCUCUAUCUAGAUAAAGACAUACUUAAAGGUAGUGACUGCAGUUAGUAUGAAGAUGACCUAGUGGAGGAAAAUCACUGUUCAGAGAGCUGGGAUCCUUGACAGUACAUUGCUCAACCACACUUAUUUUACUUGUUUCUUGAUUCCAGCCUAUGGAGAAGAGCACAUAAGAAUAGGAUAAAUAUGGCUUUUAAGGGCGAGGACCACUUAGAUUCUCUUCCGUUACCUGUUCAGCGCAUGCAUUUAAUUCAGGUGGACUCCGUUCAGCGAUGGAUGGAAGAUUUGAAGUUGAUGACAGACUGUGAAUGUAUGUGUAUUCUCCAGUCCAAGCCAAUCAGCAUUGAGAAGGAUGAACAAAAUGAACUUAUCCUUUCCUCACAAUAUAGCACAUGUGAUAACUUACAGCUGCUAUUAAAAAGAGCUUGGAUCAUAAGCACGGAGUUGACCAGGAUUGCUCAAAAGCUGGAGAAGAAUAGAUGGCAGAGAGUCCACAGCAUGACCGUGAGAGUCAACUGCCAUGUACGUUCAAUGAUAAAUGAAUACAAUACAUUCACCAGGAAUUCUUCAGAAGAAAUGCACCAGUUUGAAAAACUUUUAAUAGACAAGUGUUCAGAAUUUACAGCAUUCACAGAAAGAUGCAUACAUACGGAAGAUGAACAGUUACUGAAGUCCAUGAAAUCUUGUAUUAAUGACACACUCACUACUGUUGCUCAGUAUUUUGGCCAGUUAAUAGAGCUGGUUUUAACACAUGAGGCACAGAACCUGCUGAGACAAAUAGAAUUGUCGGAUAGUCUGUACAUCACUGAGUCGGCAAUUAGUAGUUUAUUCAGCCUUACCCAGGAAGGUGCUCAGCUGUGCCGUAUCAUAGCUAAGGAAGGAGGUGUAGUCGCUCUCUUUAAGAUCUGUCGCCAGGAUUGUUUCAGGUGCCUUUAUCCCCAGACGCUGAGAACAUUAGCAUCCAUUUGCUGCGUAGAGGAAGGGGUGCACCAGCUAGAAAAGGUUGAUGGGAUACUGUGCCUGGCUGACAUCCUUACUGAUAACAGCCAUUCUGAAGCUACUCAUGCAGAAGCAGCGGCAGUAAUUGCACAGAUCACAUCUCCACAUCUCACGUUCACUCAGCACCUCAGCAGCUUUCUGGAAAAUAUGGAAGAAAUUGUAACAGCACUUGUCAAACUGUGCCAAGAAGCCUCGUCUGGUGAAGUUUUCCUGCUGGCUUCAGCAGCUCUUGCUAAUAUUACUUUCUUUGACACCAUGGCUUGUGAAAUAUUGCUCCAGUUAAAUGCAAUGAAGAUUCUUCUAGCAGCAUGUUCAGACAAACACAUAGUGGAUACUCCGUAUUCCCGAGAUCAGGUGGUAACAAUAUUGGCAAACAUGUCUGUCUUGGACCAGUGUGCUUCAGAAAUCAUUCAAGGAAAUGGUGUUCAACUUUUAAUGGAAAUGCUCUUUGAAAGACCAACUUCAGGAAGUUCAGCAGAAGUUGCUGCUUGUGAGCGAGUCCAACAGAAAUCUGCAGUUACACUGGCACGACUCAGCCGAGAUCCUGAAGUGGCAGAUGCAGCCAUAAAACUCAGUUGUAUUCCUCGCCUAAUUAAACUUUGCAGAUCACCAACUGAAAGAUAUAACAGUGAUUCUGUUUUAGUGGCAUGUCUGGCAGCCUUACGGAGACUAGCAGUUAUGAGUCCUGAUGGACUUGAAGAUUUAGAUUUUCAGCAGCUAGUAAAGCCCAGACUUGUGGAUUCCUUUCUGCUAUGCACAAAUAUGGAAGAGAGCUUUGUAUAAAUGUGAGCCAAAAACCUUUGAAAAAUAAUCAUGAUGAUAGGCAUACAGUAAGAUAAUACAUAUACAAUUUUGUUUAGUUUUAGUCUUAUUGUUAUUUAUGACUUAUUUAUUUUAAAACCAUGAACACGUGUUUUGUAGAAGCAAUGAAACAGAACAAGUAAACUUGUGUCAAUGGUUUGCAAAGGUAAUUUUUGAUUUUAUAUUCCUGCCAAGGCACAUCAAGAGACCUUAUCCCUUCAAUCUAACAAAAUGUUGUUGUCUUGUUUAGUAUAGUUGAAUCAAGGUAACGAAGCCAAGAAUUUGGUGCUCUGAUGAUAAAUGCUUCUAAUAAUGUUUUAUCACUGAUAUUUUUCUACAGUUAGAACAUUUUUCAGUUUUUAAAAUGUUUUAGUUUCGUGCAUUUGCUGCAAGAGAAGAAAAAUAAACCUUAAAGCUACAAGUAUAUACUUUGAAAUGAAAGGGAUGUUACAGUCUGAGUCCAGUCUUAACUGUUAUUUUUUAAUAGAAUUAUGAAAAUAUGUAACUGUGAAUAGCUGAGAAAAUUUUUCAGAAAAUUGUCGAAUACUGUCUUGGAAUGAUUUUAGAGGACAUUUUUAUGCUGUAUAAAGAUGUGCUCAUUAGAAGAUACAUACUUGCAGAUAACUCUUUUAUUUAUGUUUACUAAAAUUUCCUAAAGAAAUUGAGAGAAUUCUAGAAAAAUCUUUAUAGAAUCAAACACACAUCAUCAGUCUUAAGGUAUCCACAUAAGAUUUAAAAUCAUUACCACUGAUAAUUUUCUCUCCUUUCUAAGCCUUACAAGUGGAAGUGAGCAUGUCCAGGCAUGUUUUUAAUAUUCAAGCUAAUACUUUUGUGAAAAGCUGUGCAUGCAUACACUAAAUAAUCAGAAAAGAUAAAUUAUUUGUAACUUGAAUUUCCAUUUUUCUGUUUUUCUCUACUAGUUCUGUAUUUCUAAAACUGUGAAAUGAGAUUUUCAGGAGCUCUUGGAGUUGACAAAAGGAGGUUUUACCAGUGGAUAACAACACAAAGAAUAGAGUUUAUUUUAAAAUAGGUUUUUUUCUUUUUUUUUCUUUUUUUUUUCAUGAACAGUCCUCUUAAAAUUUGCCCUUUUAUUUUCAUCAAGAAACCAUAUAGAUUUAAAAUUACUCAACCAGCAAUAUUCUGAGAGUGUUCCCCCCACCAAGCUUCUCACAAAGCACUCUGUAGAUUAUGAAAGUAUACGUAUUUUUUUCUUGAUGGCUUGCAACUAUUGCUCUGGAUAAUUUUAUGAUCAGUAACUUUAGGGUACUAGGACAUCUUCCAAAAAAGUAAGUACAUUUCUUCUUUACUGUACUUGCUUUGUAGAUAUGUUAAGCAGCUUAAUUCGUUAAUGUUUAUUUAGUAUUAUGUGGUGUUUAGAUGAAAGGCAUCAGGAAAUUGCUAAGCUGUGAUAGCCUUCUGCAUUUUCUGUGUCUGAGAAAUCUGGCCUGCUUCAAGCAGAGAUACAUGGUGGCUACUUUUUUCUCCCCUCGAGUGUGUGGGUUAAGAGGUCUCUGCCUUAACAUUUCUUCCUUGUGAUGUCUUCGUUUAACUAUGAGCUCUAUCCUGACUGAAGUUUUAAAACAUUAGAAGACAUACAAUGACCUCUGUCAUAAGAAACUACUCAGAGAUAAGCGUUGAAUCAGAUGUUUCACAGAUGUAAUUUUCUAGUAAGAGCAAAGAUGGAUUCUGCUUUGUUUGCUUACUUUGAGACAGCUCCUUAAAAUUCUGAGAUUGUUAAGAUGUAUGGUACUAUACAGCUUUAAAAAUGUUAUACAAGUGAUGGACUUUAACACUUUCCUCACUAAGCAGAAAUACAUGUAUUGAACCAUGGAUGGUUUAAAUGGUAAAAACAACAUUCUUGGUAUAAACAAUGAACUCAUAAAUCUUGUAAAGAACAAACUCAGUAAGGUCCCAUUGCUAUCAUGCAGGUAGCGUGAUAAUCCCUAAUAGAAUACAACACAUCAAGUUCUGUUGUGAAUGUGCUGUACCGAAUCUCAUUCUGUCAGCUGCAACUAAUACCUGAGAUAUGAGUUUGUAUAUGGGGUAAGAUUUUUUCCGUAACAGGUAACAUUAAAAUCUCAUUUAAAAAAAAAUGUCCACACAUGUAAAGUGAACUGAAGUAGCUAUUAAGAAAAUGCCAUUAUGACCCAUAAUGUUUUAAAGCCAUUUCUAACAGGUCAAUCAAAUAUUCAGUAAGCAGGCCAGUAGCAAUGAAUGAGUUUAAUUGGCUCUCAGAUACAAUAAUGUGAAUCCACAUCAGUUGUUUUUUACUACUCAACCUGUAAAUAUGUGGCCAUAAUUCUAGGCCUAUAUUGUCCAUUUACAUGUGUUCAUAUUAUGAAUGUGGCUGUUUACAUUACAGAAACAAAAUACAUUUAGGUGGAUCUCAUAUUUGUGGUAGAAAAAUAUAUCUUGAAAGAGCCAGUUUAGACCUGUUAUCACCUAAGUGUCAUCGAAACCAUUUUUUGCUAGGUCUGAAUUUUUCACCUAAAGUUGUGCACUUUAUUUUUGUAUAUGCUAAAGUUUAUGAGAAGAUAAACAUACCUCUUCCUUUCGUCAUUAUUAUUUUCUCAUUAUUUCUGAAUGAAUUCUGGUUUAAAAAUGUUUGCUUUGGAAGUGACUUUUCAGUUUUUAAACAACAACAACAAAUGAACAGUUUAAGCCAGAAUAAACGUGUUUGAUUUCAGCAUAGUAUGAAACAAAAUACUUCAUAUCAAAAAGUUUUCACUGAAACAUGUGUUUUGGUAGAUCAAUCUUUGACCUCCCUGUGUGUAUACAUAUACAGUUAGUAGAGUGAGGCAGGGAGUAUGUGUAAUACAUUUACAUAUCAAUACAUAUAUGUGGACUCAUUGACCUAUAGAGACUGCAUGUAGGUUAGAUAUUAGCUUAAUCAUUUUGGAAACUGUUAUUGUCAGAAAUGUUGUAAUUUCAUUAUUUUUUCUGAACAUUUUAGAUUUUGUAUGAGAUAAGAAAUGUUAGAUAAACUUGCAGUGAACUGCAGGAUUCUUUGUAACUUUGAUUUAUGUUCCAAUGACUUUGGACAAUGUGUUCAAAUUUCAGAUUUAGUUUGAACUGUUUACAGAUAUUGGUGGCCCAGAUGUUUCAUUCAUAGAAUAAAAUUUUUUUCUCAGUUUAUUGUGUGUUUGGCACAUGAAUCAUUUAUGUGGAAUGUUACUUGUCUGACCUGUUCUGUUUAAAAUAAUACUGUAUCUGCAAGAGGUAAGAUAAUGUCUUGGUAAACUGGAUGUCUUACCUAUCUUUUAGGGUUGCCUGUUAGCAUCCAAAAGAUGGGACUUGAUCUGAAGGGUGUCAUGUUGCUUUAGUACAAGACUGAUUCUGGUACCUCAUAUGGCUUGUUCCAAAUGUGUAUGUUGACCAUCUGCUUUUAAAUAACACCAAUGAACGGUCAAAAUAACGUUGGCUUUUGU